AUGAAUCCGCAACAUUCCGGAGCGGCGACGCUGCCAAAAGGCUUCCGUUUCCAUGACCCGGACCAGCAGAACCCCAAAACACCGGAGCCAUUUGCCACGGACGAGGAGCUGCAGCCGCCUUCCCCCCCGCGCCCUCGCUUGAGACUGAAAAGGCGCGUCGCAUCCAACCUGACUGCCCCGACGUCGCAGUUCCUCGCGUCUGUCGCUGCAGCCGACGUGCCAAUACCCAGCAUCGAGGAGCCUGUGCCAUCUGGCGCAAGCACGCAGUUUUCCAGCAUGACAUAUCCCGUCAUUCACAACCUCAAGGACCUGGAUGGACUGGCGUUACAUAAAUUCCGCGACAACCGUUUUUCUCCACCCAAGACGCCGGCACCCGGCGUAGCCCCGUCGCUUUCCCCCAGACGAUACCCAAAUUGGUCCAUCGACUCGGCCUUCAGCAGCGGCGAGUCUACCCCGGAAUUCGAAUCCAGUCGGCCAUCCACCGCACGCUCCACCCAAACCAGCGCAUCCCUCUUCAGUCGCUUCUCGCUCACGUCCGAGGACCUGCAGUGCAUCAGCCCCGAGACUGACGCGUCGGACCAUUUCAAGCAGUCGUUCUUUGACGGCUUUGACGAGCCUCCCCACCCUCCAGCCAAGCCCAAAUCCAAGAGGAGAAAGGCCCCGUGGACGAAGGCUAUGAGCGACCACCUGUGGACUACCUACCUCACCUAUCUCCAGGACCCCAAGGUCACGCCGUUCCGCACCGGGAAAAGCUGUGUCCCUCCCCAAGGCGUGUGUCUUCGGGUUGCCAGGGAGGCGAAGAGGAGCUGGAGGGGCCCCAAGGGCGGGAGAAAGUCGUUGAACCCCAAGAGCGGAAGCAACACGCCGACCGUCGAGACUUGCACCUUUCUCCAGUGGCCGCACACUUGCGCGGCCACCCGGGGCCAUUUGAGGGAGCUUUGCAAACUGAAAGCCGCUUCAUCGUCGGCCCGGACGACCCAAUUCCUCGCCAACAGCCCGACACCCUACGGCAGGACGGCGGCGCGGUUCUGGAACCGCAGAUCCACUCCGGCCCGGUCCCCCUCGGUAUUUGCGGCGCACGACAUGUCCAUGUCGCUGACCCUCAGCACGUCAGAAGCCAUGCAGCCACACGGUCCUCUGGCGCAACUCACAAAGACGGAUCCCGAGCUUGCUCAGGAGCCCAUCACGGAGCCGUUCCCACUGCUCCCUGUCGAUUUCGGCAAGCUGGACGUCCCCCUGGGUGACGAACGCCCCCGGCUCGGGUCGCCGUUCAUGGCCAAGAGCUACGGGCCUAGCUCGACUGGCUCGUUGGCUGCUGCCGUGUCUUGGGCGCCUCAAAGACAGAACCAGAGCCUCGGCCACAGACGCACGCUCCAGUCGCCGGCGCGUCUGACGCGAAGCCGGUCAAACACGCAGAAGCGGAUUGGAAGACCCAGGCAGUUGUCGCAUGAGCCGCGAAAGACGAAGCGGCCCAGUCUUGUCUCCGAUCUGUGGACCGAGCCCGCGCCCGCCGAGGGUCUGCGCAAGACGCCACUCCAGCCGGACGUCGUCGAAUUCAGCUCGACAGCCAACCACUCGCGCGAUGACCUAUUUGUUCCUCGAACGAAUCUUGCUGGGCUCUUUACGGCCCCGAUGCAGAUACCCUCAUCCCGGCCUCAGUUGCUGGACACAUCCGACCCCUUUUUGGCUCCGCCUAAUGCACCGCCUCCAAGGUUGGGAUCGCCAUUUCCCGGAUCCAACACCAGCUUUUCGUUCCCCAACCGGUUCACGCAGCCAGAGGCGUUUGACCGUGGCACGAUCCGUCCCUUUGCAACAAUACAGCAACCCGGUGACGGCGGCUCGGCGCCUCCUCGCAAUCUGGCUGAUAGACUUGCCUACAUCGACGAGCGUCUUAGGGACUUUAGACGGCGUGACCCUAACCGUCGCCGAUCCGAAUCGCCCUUUUAG